GUCUCCAUUUUGCAGAUGAGGAAAUGGGAACCUAGAAAGGUUAAGUGACUUGCCUAUAACCCCCGAGCUAGAUGGGAUCUGAACCAGGGUCUUCCUCAUUCCACACCCAAUCUUGUAGCUAUUAUGACACAAAGCCCAGUUUUUAUUAUUUCAUGGCAAUUGAUCUUUGUACUAAACCAAGUUGCUUCCUUUGUCCAUUGUAAAUAGGCAACUCGAUAUUCCUCCUCUCUGGGAUGUUUGGUGACCUGUCCCUGAAGGUUACAAAAGGAAGAGCAGGGAUGUCAUUUAAGGUCUAAGAGAAAGUGGCAGAGCCCAGCCACAGGGCAAGAGCUACAAAAUGGGCAAAAAUCAACCGUCUAGGGGAAGCUGUGGUUAGUAAUUAGGCCUUCAGGCAGGAGACCAGGAACACAGUAAUGCCGAAAGUGAAGGCAAGGUGAGAGUUUGGAAACCAAGGAAGGAGUCAAGGCAACAGCAAUAAGGAAGAGCCUGAAACUAAAGAACAUCCUAUCUUAUUCCAAAGGGCUUCUAUAUGCUAAAUUUAGAAAAGUUCAUCCCCUGAUGGACUAUAAACUGCUAAAAUAUUUGUCCCUCAAAGCAACUCUUAAGGGCCAUUAACCAAGUCGAAAAGGAAGUAUGACCUACAUUGGUGGAGGAAAUGCCAUACCAAAGAAUUAUCCUUCCUUGAGCAUUUGUAAUAAUCUUUUGGGGACAAAAGAAUGCAAUUUCAGCUGACCUUUUUUAUGCAUCUUGUGCUGCUUAGCCUCUCCGAAGUUCAAGAUGGCUGCCACAAUGGCUCCUGUCAUCCAACUGUUGGUGAUCUCCUUGUGGGUCGCAGUGACCAACUUACAGCCUCCUCUACCUGUGGAUUAGAUGGACCACAGAAAUAUUGUGUCUUAGGCUACUUGGAGGAACAACAAAAAUGUUUCAUUUGUGAUUCAAGAUUUCCAUAUAAUCCAUACACACAAGCAAAUAGCCAUAUGAUUGAGAAUGUCAUUACAACAUUUGAGCCUGAUAGAAAAAAGAAAUGGUGGCAAUCUGAAAAUGGUCUUGAUAAUGUCAGCAUCAGACUGGACCUAGAGACACUUUUCCAGUUCAGCCAUCUUAUAUUGACUUUUAAGACUUUCCGACCUGCAGCCAUGUUAGUUGAGCGUUCUAUGGACUAUGGCCAAACGUGGAAAGUAUUCAGGUAUUUUGCUAAAGACUGUGCUGCAUCUUUUCCCAACAUCCCAUCUGGCCAGGCGCAAGGAGUGGAUGACCUUAUUUGUGAUUCCAAGUAUUCUGAUUUUGAGCCCUCUACUGAAGGGGAGGUUGUUCUGAAAGCUUUGGAUCCCAACUUUGAAAUAGAAAAUCCCUACAGCCCCUACAUACAGGAUCUAGUGACUCUAACAAACCUGAGGAUAAACUUUACGAAACUGCACACUCUGGGAGAUGCGUUGCUUGGAAGAAGGCCAAGUGACCCCCUUGAUAAGUAUUACUAUGCUCUCUAUGAUAUGGUUGUUCGAGGAAGAUGCUUUUGCAAUGGUCAUGCUAAUGAAUGUGGCCCCAUACAGCAUGUCCAGGGAGAUGUUUUCAGCCCACCAGGAAUGGUUCAUGGUCAAUGUAUUUGUCAACACAAUACAGAUGGUCCAAACUGUGAGAGAUGCAAGGAAUUCUUCCAUGAUGUUCCCUGGAGGCCAGCCGAAGGUCUCCAGGAUAAUGCUUGCAGAUCAUGUAAUUGUAAUGGCCACUCUGAACACUGUCACUUUGAUAUGUCCCUGUACCUCUCAAGUAAUGGUAUCAGUGGUGGAAUGUGUGAAGACUGUCAGCACAAUACUAUGGGACAACACUGUGAUCAGUGCAAACCCCUGUUUUACAGGGACCCCCUCAAGGCAAUUUCAGAUCCUCAUGCUUGCAUUCCUUGUGAGUGCGAUCCUGAAGGUUCUUUGUCCGGUGGCAUGUGUGAAAGUUACCCAGAUCCAGCGCUGGGAAUCGAGGCCGGUCAAUGCCUUUGUAAAGACAACGUUGGAGGAGCCCAAUGUGAUCAGUGCAAGCCUGGCUAUUAUGGACUGAAUGCCAAUGAUCCCCUGGGUUGUCAACCCUGCAACUGUAACCCCUUGGGGAGUAUACCAUUCUCCAUCUGUGAUGUAGUUACUGGACGAUGCCUGUGCCAACCGUUUGUUACCGGACCCCACUGUGAAAAAUGCCUCGAUGGAUACUGGGGUCUUGAAAGUCACCAACAUGGUUGUUCUCCUUGUGACUGUGAUGUUGGGGGUGCUUACAGCAACCUGUGCUCCCCACAUGAUGGGCAAUGUGAAUGCCGCCCUCACGUUAUUGGUCAUCAGUGCACAGAACCAGAGCCUGGCUAUUUCUUUGUGCCUUUGGAUUUCUAUAUAUAUGAAGCUGAGGAUGCUGUGCCCAUCCCUGGAUCUGCACCUUUGAUAUUAGCGACAGCCUUACCCCAGUGUGAAAUAUAUUUCCAGAACCAAGGAGGUGAUUUCACAAUUGACAGUGGAAAUAUAGUAUUGGAGAAGAAUAAAAAACAAAGUUCACAGAAACAGAAUGAAGUCCCUGUGACUCUUGGCUCUAAGUCUUUGGAUCAGACUGUCAUCAGAGAGCCUAUUCCUGGGAAGCCUGUUACAUGGACAGGGCCUGGAUUCACCCAGGUUCUCAGUGGGACCAGCUUGAGAUUCACUAUCAACAACAUUCCUUUUGCAAUGGGCUAUGCAAUUGUAAUCCGCUAUGAGCCUCAGUCUCCAGCUGACUGGGCAGCUCGUGUAGUGAUUAACCCUUCUGGAACUCCAAGAAGUGAACAUUGCAGAUACAAAGCAUUCCCACAAGAGCCUCAGACUCUGGCUUUACCAGCUUCUGGAAGAACUGCACUGCUUGCCACACCAGUCUGCCUACAACCAGAAAUACAGUAUUCUAUAGAUGUUCAUUUUUCUCAGUCAUUUACUAUGGAUUCCCUGGCUCAUGGACAUAUUUUGAUUGAUUCGCUUGGCCUUAUUCCCCAAAUGGAUUCAGUAGAGAAUUUCUGUGAUAAACAUUUAGAUGAAUACCAACUAAACAACUGUAUUGAAAUUGCUUCCAAACCGGGACCUCAUAUUUUGUCUGACUGGUGUGAAAGACUUAUCAUUAGUAUAUCAGCGAGGCUACACAAUGGGGCAGUUGCAUGCAAGUGUCACUCUCAGGGUUCCAUAGCAUCAAGUUGCAGCAAACUGGGAGGUCAAUGUCAGUGUAAACCUCAAGUGACUGGGCGCUGCUGUGAUAAGUGUUCUGUGGGAACCUAUGGUUUGGGGCACCAUGGUUGUCACUCAUGUGAAUGCCAUCCUCAAGGCUCCAAGAGCACCAUUUGUGAUCAGGUGACUGGGCAAUGCUCCUGCCUCCAAAACAUUGAAGGUCUCUGCUGUGAUCAGUGCUUGGCUGGGUAUUUUGGAUUUCCCAACUGCCAACCUUGCCCUUGCAAUGGGUUUGCAGAACUUUGUGACCCAGAGACUGGGUCAUGCUUCAACUGCAAAGGAUUUACAGCUGGUCUUAAUUGUGAAAGGUGCAUUGAUGGUUACUAUGGAAAUCCUUCCUCUGGACAGCCAUGUGUUCCUUGCCAGUGUCCAGAUGUUCCUUCAAGUAAUCAGUAUUUUGCCCGUUCCUGUUACCAGAAUUCUUGGACUUUAGAAGUAAUUUGCAACUGCCAAGAGGGUUAUACAGGUAUUCACUGUGAUGAAUGCUCAAAUGGGUUUUAUGGAAAUCCAAGAAUAUCAGGAGAACGUUGCCUGCCAUGUCCCUGCAAUAACAAUAUAGACAGAACAGACCCAGAAUCAUGCAGCAGCAGCACAGGAGAAUGCCUCAAAUGUUUAUAUAACACUCAUGGGCCCAACUGCCAGUUCUGUAAACCAGGGUACUUUGGAUCAGCUCCCACGCAAAACUGCAAAAGAUGCACUUGCAAUCUUUCUGGAGUGAAUCGUACUACCUGUCCAAUGGGUGAUGGAGCAUGCCUAUGUGACCCAACGACUGGAUCAUGUCCGUGCUUGCCAAAUGUUGUAGGUUUGGCCUGUGACCAAUGUGCCGAAGGAUACUGGAAUCUGGUCCCUGGGAAAGGAUGUCAGUUCUGUGAAUGUGACCCCGAAAAUUCUCACAGCACUCAUUGUAACCAGUUUACAGGCCAGUGCCCUUGUAAAUUGGGCUAUGGCGGAAAACACUGCCACAAAUGUGAGGAGAAUUACUAUGCAGAUUCCCAAAUGCAAUGUAUUGCAUGUAAGUGCAAUAAGGAAGGAACACAGACACCCAUCUGUGACCAGGAAACUGGUUCCUGCCUGUGCCGAGCAGGUGUCACAGGCCAGUUCUGUGAUCGUUGUGCCCGGGGUCAUUCCCAGGAAUUUCCCACCUGUCUUCGAUGUCACUUGUGCUUUGAUCAAUGGGACAAUAAGAUUUCUUCCCUUUCUGAGGCUGUACAAGGGUUAAUUAGGUUGGCUGCAGACUUGGAAGAUAAAAGAAAGACCCUGCCUGGCUGCAAUGCAGACUUCAAACGCCUAGAAGAUAGCAUGUCUGAAAUAGAAAGGAUUUUGAAACAUCCCGUUUUCUCAUCUGGGGAAUUCUUAAACGUCAAGGAUUAUCAUGACUCUGUUAGAACACAGGUUGAGCUGAUAGCCCAACAACUGAAUAGAGAGUACGACUUCCGAGACCUGAAUGGAACGGUGUUGGGCAUUGGGAAAGAAGUGGAUGAUCUCCUUGAAGAUCUGCAGAAAAAGGUGCAGUUGGCCUCCCAUGUCAGCAAUUCCAGCACCAGGGAUGCUUCAGAAAUCAAAAAACACCAUCAAAUGUCAUUAUCUGCGGAACAAAAAAUUAAUAAGACAGUGAUUACCAUAAAACAUUCUGAAAAUACCAGGAAGGAUUUACUCACCAUGAUAGAUGGACUAACCUCAAACAGAGAAUUUUCACUGGAAAAUUUAAAACAGAUUCAGGCUCCAGAUAUUCAAAAAUUGAAUGAAAAGGUAUGUGGAAUACCAAGUAACUUGUCAUGUGCCCUUGCACCCUGUGGUGGAGCUCUGUGUAAGGAUGCUGGUGGGCAGAGGAUUUGUGGAGGUCCAGGCUGUAAUGGUUCUAUAGACCUUUCAGGGGAUGCUCUCAGGAGAGCUGAGGAAACUGAGUCGACGAUUCAUAAUCUGACCAACCAGCUACAAGAAUCAGAGAAUUGGAUAAGAAACAUAACAAAACUGACUCGACUUACUAAGACCAAAGCCUUGCAGCUGACCGAGAAGUUAGAGAAUAUGAAAGGCCAAAUGGAAACAGAACAGAGGACGAAAGGCCUCAUCCUCAAAGUGAAGGACUUUUUGCUGGAUGAGAAUGUCCCACCCGAAGACAUAGAGAAGGUUGCAAAUCACGUACUGGACUUCCACCUACCAAUAACUUCACAAAAUCUAACUAAUGAGCUUGAAAAAAUAGAGUUGCUUAUGAAACUCUGUGAGGAAGACCAAGCAGCAGGGAAUCAGCUAAAACAAAAAGCCACAGAAGCCCAGAAACUUUUAGUGGCAUCUAAAGAAGUCAAGGAAGUAGUAAACACCUUGCUAAACCUGGAAGAAAUGCUGAAAGACCUGCAAAGUGCCAAAAGCAUCCAAAGACAAGCAAACUCUACUGUGAAACAACUGACAGAUGAGAUACAAAAAAUUGAAAUUAAAAUACCAAAGGUUGAAAACUUUACCAAUAAGACUGAUGAUGAGUUGGAACACAUAUCAAGCCAACAGUCCACACUAGAAGAUGAAAUCUCUACCCUGAAAAUCAAGAUAUUAAGGACUCGAGACCAAAUUAUCAGUGCAAAAGCCAAGGCUGAAUCAGCCCAAGAUCAAGCUAACAUCACUGAGAAGGAUUUUAUUGAUCUAAAAAAACAAUUUACAGUUCUUCAAGAUAAGACAAACUCUGAAGGAUCCAUGAUAGGAACACUCAGAAAAGUAAAACAGCUAAAAGAAGAAGCAGAAAAACUGGCUGGAGAGACAGAGGAAAAAAUGCAACGAAUAAAAGCUUUAGAAAAGAAGGUCCAGGUCUUGAAUCAAACUAAGCAAGAGAAAGUCAACCAAUUAAAGCAACUAGAAGAUCAUGUCAUAGCUAUUAAAAAUGAAAUUGCAGAGCAAGAAAAUCAAUAUGCUACCUGCCAUACCUAGGCCAUUUAAGUGGGUUAGAGUUGCUUCCUUAUUUUCUAGUUACUGAUUAAAGCCCCCUACAUAGAUUUGUAGAGUCCUGCAAAUUGGAAUGGCUCUCAGAAAUCAUUUGACCAACUCUUUUCCAAAGCAAGAAUUUCUAUUUACAACAGCCUCCAGAAAUCGAGAUGAGAAAAGCUAUUGUGAUGUCAGAUAAGCAGGGCUGGAGCUAUCUUUUUUUUAACAUAGGUCUGUCUGGAGUUCCUCCAUACUCUGUUCUUCUAUUUCUUGGUAUUUAAGUCGACCAAGGAAUUAGAGCCAGGGAAGUGUCACUUCUUAUGAAAAUAGGAAAGGAAAAACAAAAGGUUUUUCAAGCAGCUUUUUCCUCUUGACUUUUUCCCCUUUCAUAAGUUUAAAAGGGGAAGAUGGAGCAGAAGAGGUUUGCAAAACAAUUUUAUUUAAGUAAGCAUGGUUUCAGGCUUAUGAUAUUUCUGUCAAAUGAAUUUUAAUUUUUGUUAAAUUACUAUAUUCUGGAUAGAAUCAAUAUUCCAUAUAUGAUUACCUAGAGCAUAAUCGACUUUCCUAUUCAUUUCUGUUUGAGUUUAUUAUUUACAUUUAUUCUAGCAAAUGCAGGAUAUCUAAAUAAAAUGAUUUUGUUUUAAAACAGGGUGGCUUACUUUCAUAAUGCCUCUUAUACACAAUCAUUUUAUUAACUAAAGAAUUCUUACAUGGUUCCUCCCCUUUUACCCCCACAACUGCAUGGGGAGAUUCUGAGAAAGUUGAUCUUUUGCUUAUCUAUUAAUCAGAAGAUGUUUGCAGAUAGCAUUACUACAAAGCUUGGCAAUGAUAAAAUCUGUAGACUAAGAUCAUGUUUCUACUAUUUAUUAUAGAAGAUCGGGUUGUCGUCUCAUUUUAAACUCACAAUGUGGUUAAACAUUUAUUGUGUUUCAAUUUAUUAAUACAGCUUAACUUAAUUUGCUUACACUGUUUAGAAAACAUCAUAUUUCACUUACAUUGUUUGGCAAGCUUUCCUUCUGCUGAAUUUUACUUCAUGGACCCAAUCCCAUAUUCUUGAAUGAAAAACAGUAUGUACAAACAUAAGUAUAAAAAAGAUGGAGAACAGCUGGACUCCAUCUCUGCUGAGGGUUGGAUUAGAAGAAAUUCAUUUAAAAUGCAACUGGGUUAGAUCCAAAGAAGAAAUUUCUUCUGGUUAAGGUCACUAAAGGAAAUGUGGAACCUAAUUCCCUGGAGAUCUUCAAGAAUAAGGUGAAAUGACACAAGUUUCCUAGAGAGACUUCUCUGAAUUUGUUGUAGAUAUAUCCCACCAUUUCAGCAGUCAAAAUUCCAGAAGCUUCAAAACAUAUGGAACCUAGCAAUUAACCUGGAAAAAAUAAACAAAAACAGCCUCUGAGUGUUUGGAAAAGGGCUACUUCAAAACUCAUAAGAAAAGGCGUGGAAACAACCUGCCAGAGCAUAGUCUUAAAACUAUGAAAAAGUUAGGACUACCUACUUAGUAAGUGUGGUUAUCUGGCUUCCCUGGCAAGGCUGAACUUUUCUUGGAUUGUUCAGCAGAUCAGAAGCACCUGGAAAGAGAAUGCUGGCUCCGCAAAACUGAUGCACCAAGAAGUAAUAACUGAUAGAGAGAACAGAAUAAUAUCAACUACAAUUUUUGUAAUGUCGUAAAAGUUUGCAAAGUCCUUUCCAUCUGUUAUCUCAACUGAUUCUCACAGCAAUUCUACAAAGGAGGUACUACAGAUAUUAUUUUCAUGUUUCUGUUAUUCAUUGCCAGAGAUGGGAUUAAAUUCAGACCUUCAUGUAUGCAGAUCCACACCCUAGUAUCCACUUCACUAGCACUAGGGUACUAGGUGUCUGCUGAAAUUCAGUAGAAGGAUAAAUUAAGUCUUAUCAUACUAUC